AUGAUCGAAAUUGAGGGCAUCGGCGAAGAAGUCAUCGUGGCGGCCAUCGUCUUUGUCGUUAGCACUGCAUGCAUGGGACUCCUUGCGUUCCACGUAUACAUGCCAUCUCAAGUGAAAGCUACGGCCAAGACCCCGGUGGCCACUGCCCCCACUCGUCCGCGUGAGACCCAGCCGACAUGCCCGAUAUGCCUCUCGGACGUCCAGCUCGCCUGCGAAACAAACUGCGGGCAUUCAUUUUGCACCUCAUGUCUCACGAGCUACUUUGCCUCACGUCGUGUGGCUUAUCCGUGCCCGUGCUGCCGGCAACACAUCCACUUGGUGCACACGUUCUAUUCACCCGAUGAAAUGUCAUCCCAGGAAGGACACGCAUGUUUGCUCAAGCUGGACCAGUUCAACUUGCGCGCACGCCGACAGGCGGCAUCCUUCGUGCAACAAUUGACAGACUUGCCCACCUUAUUGAGCUGGGCGGGAAGGGCGCGGUCUCAGUCGUCCCUGACUCUGUGGAGCCCCAUGCGAAUGGCAUGUUGCGUGGUGACUCUGCUGUACAUCGUCAGUCCGGUGGACGUGAUCCCCGAAGCCGCGUUUGGGUUGUUCGGUUAUAUGGACGACCUGUUUCUCGUCCUUGUAAUUCUGCUCGGAAUUGCCAGCGCCAUUCGAGACGACAUCGUUCACCAAGCAUCAACCCGUGGCCAUCGCGAGGUGGUGCCGCCGUUGCCCAUUCCAUCGAGCGAGUAG